AUGCCCGAUACAGCACGAAGGGGGGUGUACUACCGUUUUAGCAACCACGUCGUUACCGGAGUCAACUGGCGUCGUACGCGGCUCGUCGACGAGAUUCCGAGCGCCCGCGUAUGCUGCGUCUGCCGCACGAUCCCAAGGCGUACGGUCCUGUUGUCCUGCUUGCACGCCCUGUGCGAGGACUGCCAUGCGACCAACCGGCAAGCUCGCAGCGCGCUGUGUCCCCUGGACCAGGAGCCAUCAGAGGAAGACGAGUGCGUCGCCGUCAACUUUCCUUCGAGGAAAGCUGAGAGUGUGAAGGUUUAUUGCUGGAACGAAGAUCAGGGAUGCGAAUACGUGGGCAACGUUGGAGAUAUGCUGCGGCACUACGAGAACGAAUGCGCAUUCCACACAGUCGAGUGUUCUACAUGCAACGGAAGCGUAUUACACAAAGACAUUCUAGCGCACCAUGCAGGCCGGUUGUAGCGUCUCUAAUGCUUCAACCACCAGAAACCACUCAUCCUCGGUGUCUACGGAACUGACAACCCAAAGCCUGAACGCUGCCAUGGAAGACCUGAAGACGUUCUUGAGGGAUUUCCAACUGGACCAACUCCUGCCCGCCAUUCAGAGCCAAAUGAACGAGCUCACGGAGCACGUGAGGAACCAAGAAGUUCUCGUUGGCCAGGAUCGCCCGACAGAUCCGAGCGUUCGAGGAGCACUCCCAGGCGGGUGGGAUAGCAGUCCCCAUACCUUCUUCGACACUAAACCCCAGAUCUUGUCGACAGAUGAAAAGUGUGGAUUUCUCGGCGCUGCAAUGUGCCAUGACUCAAUCCGGGCCUCCCAUCCCUGCUUUCGUUGCUCGUUGCCAACUCCUUGCCACCAGCGACGAGGGCUCUCUAAGUCUGACCAACGUGCCAUCGACGUCGAGAAGGUGGUGUAGUGAAGUUUUGAGCGUGACGUACCUGCUGACCCUCGAUAACGCUGAGGGAAUGUUCGCGUGCUAUGAUGAAGUAAAAAAGCUCGCCGAGGUCACCGUACCACACAUGAGUGACACGGACCUGUCGCUCACCGUGACUAAGCGUAAGGGAAAUAUUGAAUUAGAUAUUCAGCUUGACGGAAAGCUGGCGGGAUCGCAGUGCCUUCCGCCUCCUCGACAGGUGACGGCGUGGCACCCCGACUCGAGAUCGAAGAACUUGGAUCUGAAACUGAGCUUCGAUGGGAACUGUUCUUGUGUUCGCUACGGAGGCCCGUUGGGACAUCUCCACCACAUAUUUUGGGCUGACUUAGAUCUCCUGAAGAAUACCGGCUUCCUCCGAGACGGAAACAUGGUGUUCAAGAUUGAGUUAGUCGACUGAAUGGAUCAUUAUCCACCGAUAGAAGCGACUAUGUAGAUACAAGAGUAGUGGUCCGAUCAUGAUCUUCUUCAGGGCUAUCCGUUGUCGGAGGUGAAGGAGGAGUCUCAACUCGGUGACCUCCCUUCUCCUGUUGCAGCCUGGCAUCAAAUGAGCUUAGCAAGCCGAUUAAAAAAUUGAAAUGAAGCGAUGACGUGCUUUCACAACGACCUGGCUUUGGUCUCUAGCUCUUGAGGGGUUAAGGUGGUAAGUAAACUUUACCUCCCUGCUCAAUAAGCAGUGACGGGGCUGUCUGAUUAAGUGGCAGAAUGGGGCAGACUUGACCUCCCACACCCCUUCAGGUGAUAAGGGUAGAGUAGUUAUACUCUUUUUUAACGUGUCGAGCAACUGCAACUUAUUUCCGAUUCUAUUGUAAUUGUGAUAGGGAUAUAUACACAAUUACGUUUUAUAUUAGUCGGACUUCACGGCAUUAACUAUUAAGUCGAUGAGUUCGGUGUAUGGCGUGUGCCCGCACGCAGUCUCAAAAGGCCUCCUGCGCCGACUAUUGUACAGCCGCCGCGAUAGAAUACUUAAAUGGCGAAUGCUGGACGAGCCGAUCCCUUCGCCUCAUCGCAUGGCCGCUGGCGGCAGCCCUGACCUUCGAUGUAUAAAAGUGAAGAUCAUUAAAAGAAGGCUAAUAAGGGCCCGAAUA